UCUAAGAAUGGAUCAGGAUCUCAACUUACCACUUUUAAGCAAGUAGCUGCCUCUUGAAAGAAUUCACAGUUUCUUUCCAAGUCUCGAAAACCCGGCCCUCCCCCUCCUUAUCUCUCUUUCCCUCGAUUUCCCUUAUCCCUAAUGGAAGCAAAAAAUAUUGUACCCCUACAGCCACCCACUUAUGGAAAUGUAAUCACUGUUCUCAGCAUUGAUGGCGGAGGAAUAAGAGGGCUUAUACCAGGAACCAUCCUUGAUUUCUUAGAAUCUGAGCUUCAGAAGCUGGACGGGGAAGAUGCAAGAAUUGCAGAUUAUUUUGAUGUGAUUGCAGGAACAAGCACAGGCGGCCUUGUAACUGCCAUGCUAACUGCUCCAAAUGAAAAGAACAGACCUGUCUUUGCUGCUAAGGAUAUCAAGGACUUCUACCAAAACCAUUGCCCUAAAAUAUUCCCACAAAACAAUUGUCCUCUAUUUCCACUUACUACAAAGGUCCUCAAAGCCCUUUCCGGACCCAAGUACGAUGGGAAGUAUCUACAUAACCUUGUUAGGGAAAAGCUGGGAAGUACAAGAAUGCAUCAGACUUUGACUAAUGUUGUCAUCCCAACCUUUGAUCUCAAGCGACUGCAGCCAACCGUCUUCUCUAGCUAUGAGGUAAAAAAAAACCCAAGCUUAGAUGCCCUACUCUCAGAUGUCUGUAUCUCAACCUCAGCUGCACCAACUUAUCUUCCACCUUAUUACUUCGAAACCAAAGACCCAGAAGGGAACGUCAGAGAAUUCAACCUUACAGAUGGUGGGGUUGCUGCUAAUAAUCCGGCUUUACUUGCCAUUGGUGAAGUGACAAAGGAGAUCCUUAGAGGAAGUCCCGACUUCUUCCCUAUAAAACCAAUGGACUAUGGCCGGUUUUUGGUCAUAUCAUUAGGAACUGGCUCGCAUAAAGACGAAGAGAAAUACAAGGCUCGUGAUGCAGCCAAGUGGGGCAUACUAGAUUGGUUAACCAGAGGUGGUUCCACCCCAAUAAUUGAUGUAUUUUCUCAAGCAAGUGCAGAUAUGGUUGACGUCCAUCUCUCUGAGGUUUUCCAAGCCCUUCAUUCUGAGGAAAGCUAUCUGCGGAUUCAGGACGAUACAUUGAGUGGGGUAGUAUCUUCUGUGGACGUUGCCACAACGAAGAACUUGGAUGAUCUUGUCAAAGUUGGAGAAGAAUUGCUGAAAAAACGAGUCUCUAGGGUGAAUCUGGAUACUGGCCUCUUUGAACCUACAAAUAGCGAAACAAAUGCAGAGGCUCUCGUAAGGUUUGCAAAACUUCUUUCCCAAGAGAGGCAUCUUCGUCAUGCUAGGUCUCCCGUUGGACAAGUUAAAAGUCAUGAUAAUCAUGAUGUCACCUUUUACUAGGGUUUUCGCUUCCCUGUUCCUCUCGUUUCUGGCCUCCCAAUCAAACUUUCAGAGUGUCAACGUGCAUGCAUACCAAACCAGCAGUGGAUUGUUCUUUCACCUACCUAAUAAACGCUAAC